CACUUUGCUUUCAUUUCAUUUAUUACCCAUCAACGUUUAACAAUGAUAAAGACAAAGAAGAAUAGUAGUGCUACUACUAUUACUCCUGCACCAGCAACGGAAAAGAAGAAGAAGUCAGAUACCACAUCAACAACCACAACUACCACCACCGCCACCACAGCUGCCACUAAAGUCGCGAUAACCAAGAAGCCAGCUGCUGCCAAAGUAGCCUCCAAAACAACAACUACAUCAUCAAAACAAACUACAAACAAACAGGUUAACAAUAAUAAUAAUAAAGGACAACAACAACAACAACAAACAAAGAGAAAGAGAAAGAAUGAGGAAGAGGAGGUAGAUAGCAGUGAUGAGAAUGAUGACAGCGACCAAGAUCAAGACUCAAGUAGCAGCAGUGACAGUGAUGAUGAGAGUGACUUUGAUGAGAUAAGUGUCCAAUUCGAUAUUACAAAGGUUGAAAGCAAUGAUUAUCACUCGAUAAAGAAUAUGAUGAUCAAGUUGGUACCAUGGACUGUGGAAACAAAGUUUAAUGCUGGAGCAAUCACUGAUCUUAUACUGGAUCAAUGUAAACGUGUGGAUUUUGGUCGCGCCAUCAGAGUGGAGAACAAUGACGAUCCAUAUGGAUUCGUGUCCGUACUCAACUAUGCCACGAACAAGCAACACGAUGCUGUUCAGGGCUAUGCCGACUACAUUGCGGCCAAGACCAAGCAACCAGAGACACAACACAUCGAUGCCAAACUGUUGCCAAAGCACAAGCAAAUGUCUGCCGUGGUGGCCGACCUCCUCGCCGGCAAGAUGGGCAAACUUGGACUAUUCUUCAAUGAGCGAUUCCUCAACAUACCCUAUCAACUUGUGCAUCCACUACAUCAAUACGUCCAAUGGGACAUUGAACUUCUAACAAAGAAGCAAAAGCAUGAUAAUGCUGGAUCCAGUAAGUCCAAGAAGGAGAGUGAGGAUGCUGCUGCCGCAGCACAAUUGGCAGAGGGCGAGGAGUACUACUUCAAGAUUGAGGACAAGUAUUUGAGGGAGUUGGCAUCUGCAUGGUGCACAUUCAACAUUCCCUAUGACUAUGGUCCCGGUGCCAGAUGGACAUUGGAGGGUCACAUGCAUCGCAAGGGUCUAAUCAUGGUAGUGCCACAGUCCAACAUCCAAACAUUCCUCGAAACAAUCAAGACUGAGUUGCAG